AUGUCUUCUGACGACGGCAACUGCGGCAGCGGGGACGAGGAGGAAUGCACGGAGUUGUCCGGGGCGGGCCUCGUGAUAUUUAUCUGGGUAUGCUUGCAAGUUGAUCUCGACACACUCACACGCUCCUUGAAGAAGAGCGGGGCGGAGUCGAACCCUUGUACGUAGGUGUUCGUUCUCGUCCGGGAAGGGAAGGAGAGAAAAUAGAAGAAGUGCUUUUGACACAGAAUUUGUGCCACCUCGGUUGAAAGUUCAUGCGCGUACAUGUACAAGAGAAUGCCAACGACGUGCGCUACAUACCGUACCCUGUCAUGUGCAUCGAAAAUCCCGUCAUUUCAAAGUGCCUUGUGUUUUCGUGAGGACGACAAAACCGUUUGAGGGCACCAUUUUUGUACGUAUCCAUCGAUAAAUGGACGUCUCCUUUGUCGAUUGCAAGAUUGAGUUACAUUACUCCAACGCUAUCUGACCCAUUGGCAACUAACUUUUUUGUAACCGCUACUUGCCACCAACUCUGUGUUGCAAUUCUGCUGUCAGAUGAUGGGGGGGCUUUUCGUGAAUUGGUUUCUGAUAAUAAUGAGUCCUGCGCCCUUCAACGACCUCCCGAACGUCUUUAAGUACACCGGGAUUUUACGAUAUGGUCGGUGAGUAUUUUGUAUCAGGUGUUCUU